AUGUCGCCGCAUAAUUGCGCCGCGACGAAAGAUCUCUCCUCAUCUAACUUGCGGACGCUUAUCCGUAAUUAAUGAGGCACAGCAUUGUACUUCCGUUCAUUCUUCUCUCCGUAACGUGCAGUUCUCCACGAAGAUGUGCGAAGUCGUCGUCCUCUUCGACGGCUACUCCAAGAGCCUGGACGACGGAAGGAUGGAUGCGAAUUGCACUUGCACUCUAAUAAAGGGCCCGAAACUGAUCAUCGUCGACACUAUGACCGCAUGGGAUCGCGACAAAUUAAUAGAAGCGCUCGCACGACAUAAAAUCGAGCCAAGAGACAUUGAUUACGUAGUUUGCACUCACAGCCAUUCCGAUCACAUAGGAAACAAUAAUCUGUUCACGAACGCGGAACACAUUGUGGGCUUGAGCGUUCAACGCGGUACUAUUUUCUAUGAGGAUCCACAGAUUUCGAAUGGUAGGUUUCCCAAGACAUAUCUACAAAAUUAUGAUUCUAUUGAGAAAGUUACCAUUUUUUCAGAAGGCUACGAGCUCUGUCCGGGUGUUAAAAUUACAGCCACGCCAGGACACACAAGGGAGGAUGUCACCGUCCUGGUGGAGAUGAUAAAGGAUGGAGAAGUAAAGAUUCUCGCUAUUACAGGAGAUUUGUUUGAGAAAGAGGAGGAUAUUCUGACACCCUCUAUAUGGAAAUCGCUAGGUACACCAGAAUUAUUAAAAUCUCAGUCUGUUAUGCGUUCUCGUAUAAUAAAUCUCGCGGAUUUCAUAAUACCUGGACACGGGCCAAUGUUCCGCGUUACAGAUACUAUGAGAGAAAUCGUGAAAAGUCAAUUAAUUCAGGGAGACUGAAGUCUCUACCUUUACAAGUCUUUAGACUUUGUGUGAUAAUACUGAAGAAAUAGACUUUCUAUGCAUAUAUUUUUACAAAUACUUUAUUAAACAUUGCAAAGUGUGGUACACAACAUGGUAUCACAACGUUGUUAUACUCAUUGCAUGUUACGAUUACACAUUAUACAUCGGAUUCACGAACACGAAUAUCUAUACGGAGGAGCACAAUACGUUCAUCCUUGCAUUGCGAUUUUGCACACAGAUCACGUUACAAUUUGUCUUAAAACAAUCCUCGUCGCGAAUGCUUAUUUCGAGGAAUUAACAUGCGAAUCAGUAUACGUUUGAUAAAUACAAUGCUAUUUAAACGUCUUUCCGUCUUCUAAGGAUUCGUCCUCCUAAUAUCUAUGCUCUACGUUUCUCCGCAGUUUUAUUAAAUCUUCACAGCCAACGACUAAAUUAAAAGUCCUCUCGUCUCCUCGCGCCUUAUUCGCAUUCUUAUUCAAGAAUCACAACUUAUAACUGGUAUAAACUUUUUGGGGAGAACGCGUAGAUAACUUUAUUCUACCACGACCAGAGAUCCGUGUAACAAUAUCAGGAAGCCGACAAAUAUACCUCUUCCUCGAAAAA